CUUAAUUUCCGUAGGUUAUUUGUCAAAAAAAAAAAAAAAAUAUGAGUGCAAAUCAAAGAGUGAGGCUGAAUCAUUCAGUCAGCAAUGGAUCUGGUUCAUACGAACCGGAUUUUUUUAAUGAAAGAGUGCUUUUAUUAGUUAUGGAAUCGAUGAAAUGGGAUGUGCAAGUGCUGUGUCAGACAGCCGCCGUAUGCAGGCGGCUACGGGCCAUGGCUAAACGGCUGUUGUGGCGCGGACUUUGUUUGUUCCGCGCCCCACGGAUAACAGAAUCGUUAUCCAAUGGUGUGCAUAGUAGCCGCAUGAGCGGCGGCUGGCCGGCUUUAGCCAAGCUGUUGUUUUAUUGUGGUGGGUGUGAGUCGACCCGGAAUUUUAUUUUGAGCCGGUCUAAACCGGGCCAUUUUGUGAUAGAGUCCCGGUUUUCUAAAACGUCAGGAAAGAGUUUUUUAAUGAAACGGUGUCGUGGGGACUUAUUAUUCGUUAGCGACCCGUGUGAACACAGAGUCAGUGAACGCGAGGAUGAUUUAGGCGUUUUCCGCGGAGUGUUUAGAGGAUUUCGCGAGUCCAGGACACGCGCCUGUUUGAUAGCGAAACAAGUGGCGUUAGAAGAAAGAGAAAGGUGUCCGUAUUGUGGGGCGCGUGUUUGGAGUAUGACGUCAGCUGGUAUGGUUCCGAAGAACGCGGCUAAGCGGCUCGGCUCGCACGAUGGCGCACUCGAGUAUUUUGUAUGUGUAAAUGGUCACCUGCAUGGCACGUGUUGGUUAGCUCCUUUGUCGUCUGACCCUGAUGAAGAAGAAAUCAACGGUGAGGAUGAGGAUGAUGAUGAUGAUAAUGGAUGUGAAAUGGACGGUAGAGAUGGGAGUGCAAAUAGUUCUGGUGGUGAUGAGUUUUAUUAUGAUCCUUCGGUCAGAAAUGGGCGACAUAAUGAUGGCUUUAAUGGUUUCGCGAUUUGAUAUUGUUUUUCAAAGAAAUUGUCGAAAUAGACCUUGCCCAUCCCAAGGUGAAGCCUUAAUUUUGAUCGUACAAUCAGGUAGACCUCGUGGCUUCACAAGACCCAAUUAAAUGGGUACUUUUUGCCAAUAUGGUAUAUUGGUAUGCACACGACAUAUUUUGACAAGUUUGUUGUCGCCACUGUCAUUUUUAUUCACAUUUUUUACAAUUUAAAUGAUGGGAGGCAAUUGUCUUGUCUGAAUACUACAUAACAACUGUUGUAGCACCCGAGUGUUUGCAAUUUGACAUUCAACUUGGUUUUGGUCCAUAUAUUAUAAUUCUUUCUAAAUAAUAUAUGAAGAGAGCUAAGUUUAGAACAGAAUGAAGGUGUUGUGGUCUGAUAUGGUGGUAUGAUACAAGGUAUAUUGGUCAAAUUUUGUGGUGUUUGAUGCAAGAGUAUAUUGGUUAAAUUUCCGGGUGUUUUUUCAAUUGAAGGUUGCUUUUUUAAGUUGUGAGGAACAUGUUGUUUGGGACGUGGUGUUAGUUUCUAUGAGGCUGAGACCGGGGAUUACGAUGCAUUCAAUGUUUUUCAUUUGUACCAUUUUGACUUUUACUAUGUGUUUGACUCUAUGUCUUCGUGUGCUUGUUUUCCUUGUUUUACUCUUUCUAAUUUUUUCAUCCAUCUUGUUAUGUGCUGCUAAUCUGCUACUAUCCAUAUCUGUAUCUCUAUAAAAAAAAAAAACAAGAUUAGAAUAUGGUAGCAUAAAAGUUUAGAGAA